AGUCCAGCCCAGCGACGAGAGAGAGAGAGAGAGAGAGAGAGAGGAGAGUCACACACACACGCACAGAGCGAAGCAGGCGGGCAAAGUUCCCGGUAACAGCAGGAGCGAGGGAGACAUCGGGAUGUGCAGGCUGGAUUGUCGGAGCGUCUGACCGAUCGAGUUCCAGGGGGAAAACACGACGUUUUGGGAUCUGGGAUCUGUUGACUGCGCACGGCUUGGAGCCGGAGUGGCGCCGUAAGGCUGGGGUUCCGCUGGGAGCCACUGCCCAUCUCGCUCCGGGAACGGGGCACGCAAGCUGACUUCGGCUAGUGGAUUUCCUUCCCUGUGAUUUACUCCUUGUGGGGACAGUUACCGACAGCAUGCUGAGCAGCGGUGGGAUAUACGCCGUGAAGAAGAGGAAGAAGCCCGUGCAAAAGAGCCCCAAGCCGUCUCCCAUCGAUGGCGUGAAGUCGAACCCGUCCAAAAGGCACCGGGACCGUUUGAAUUGCGAGUUGGAUAAACUGACUAGCCUGCUGCCCUUCACCGAGGAUGUCCGGGCUCGGCUCGACAAACUCUCCGUGCUGCGCCUCAGCGUCGGAUACUUGAAAGCCAAGAGCUUCUUCAACGCGAGUAUGAAGAAGAACAAGGCCAGCUGGAUGCCAGACAAGCUCGCAAACUUCCAAGAGAAUGAACAACAAAGUGCUCUGGAGAACAUGCCCGUGUUCUCCGAGGGAGAGUUAUUGCUGGAGGCUCUGAAUGGCUUUAUUCUGGUCGUCACUGCUGAAGGAUAUGUUUUUUAUACGUCCUCCACCAUCCAGGAUUAUCUUGGCUUCCACCAGUCGGACGUGGUGCACCAGAGUGUGUUUGAGCUGAUACACACGGAUGAUCGGCCCUUGUUUCGCCGGCAGCUCCACUGGGCCCUAAAUCCAGCAGCCUGUCAAGAAUCCAAUCCCCAUGCAGACACUAUUCCGGAGAGCAAUAGCCUUUGCCCCAAUGUUGUCGCUUAUGAUCCUCUUCAACUUCCUCCCGAGAAUUCCUCUUUCAUGGAGAGGAAUUUUAUCUGCAGGUUCCGAUGUCUUCUGGACAAUUCCUCAGGCUUCCUGACGCUGAACUUCCAGGGACGGCUGAGGUUCCUACAUGGACAGAACAAGAGAGCUGAGGAUGGCACUCCCAUCCCUCCGCAGCUGGCUCUCUUUGCCCUGGCAACUCCCCUCCAGCCCCCCUCCAUCCUGGAGGUCCGGACCAAGACCCUCAUCUUCCAGACCAAGCACAAGUUGGACUUCACUCCACUGGCAUGUGACACCAAGGGGAAGUUUGUACUGGGCUACACGGAAACUGAGCUGUGCAUGCGAGGCACCGGCUAUCAGUUCAUUCACGCGGCCGACAUGAUGUACUGCGCCGACAAUCACGUGAGGAUGAUUAAAACUGGGGAAAGUGGGAUGACAGUCUUCAGGCUGCUGACCAAACAGAGCAGUUGGGUUUGGGUCCAGGCCAAUGCCAGGUUGGUCUACAGAGGUGGCAGGCCCGACUCCAUCAUUUGCAAGCAGAGAGCCCUCACGAACGAAGAGGGCGAGGAGCACCUUCGUAAAAGAUCCUCGGGGCUUCAUUUCAGUUUCGCCACAGGAGAGGCUGUUCUGUAUGAGAACAAUUUGUUCCAUUUGGAUCCAUCCCUGGCAAAGGGGAAAAGUUUCAAGGUUAAGAAGCCUUCCAAUGGGGAGAACAGUCUGGAGCAGAAAAAUGGAAUUGAUCCUGGUUCGCUUCUGGGUGCCUUGAUGACUCAGAAUAUAUCUGCGUACGUCUCGCACCAUGAAUCGCAGUUUAACCUAGACAGUGUCUAUACAGACGACUUUGCCGUUCUGAGUGUGCCUGGGGACUUCCGCCAGUUGGUCAGUGGUGGCAAGAAUUCUUCCAAACAGCAAGAGACACUCCCAGUCCAGGGUGAUCCACUGGCAGCAAUUAUGGAUAUUCUGUCCGAUAAGAAUGCUGAUGAAAAUGACCUGUGCAAUACUCUGCAAAACCUGGAUGUGGAUGUGGAGCCAGCAGAGCUGGAGCAAUGGGAAGAGGCGUUAAUGAAAAUGGACAGCAGUCCUCCCAUCACAGAUGAUCUGAAUGAGAUCUUCACCACAGGUUUUAUACUGUCCUGCGUACAGGACAUGCUGUCAAAAGAUAGCUCAAAAGCUAAUGAAUUUCCGCACGUGGGUCUGGACUGCACAGAAGGAAACUUAAUCGAGCCAGCUCAACAAAACCCAUUUGGAUCCAUGGAGCAAAAGCCCUUUGGAUUUAAUAUGCAAAACCCAGCAAUGUCGGGCUGUCAAAGUUCAGUGAUGGCUGGAGCCCAGAACCCAGUGAUGGCUGGAGCCCAGAACCCAGUGAUGGCUGGAGCCCAGAACCCAGUGAUGGCUGGAGCCCAGAACCCAGUGAUGAUUGGUGGCCAGAACCCAGUGAUGAUUGGUGGCCAGAACCCAGUGAUGGCUGGUGGCCAGAACCCAGUGAUGGCUGGUGCCCAGAACCCAGUGAUGGCUGGUGCCCAGAAUCUAGUGAUGGCUGGAGCCCAGAAUCCAGUUGUCCCCAUCCCACAGAACACAUUGAUACCUGCCUGUCAAACCUCAAUAAUGUCUUGUCCACAGAACCCACAGAUGCCUGCCUGUCAGACCCCAGUGUUGCCGACCCCUCAGAAGGCAAUAGUUUCUCAGCCACACAACGUAACAUUAUUCGGACCUCCAAACGCAUGUGCACCCAACCAGCACAAUAAUGCCCAGCCAGGAAACCGGAUUCCACUGGGACCUUUCCCACAAAACUUUCUCGGAAUGAACUUGGGCUGCCCCUUGGCAUCUGACACACCAAGCCCCAUUUCAUACAGUCCUCAAAAGCUGUGCAGGUCUGCUGCACAGAAGAUGAGUUCUGGAGUGCCAGUCACCAUGCAGCAAAAGCACAUGGGGAACAUCUCACCCAUACAGACGCUACAAAGGGAUCUGCAACAGUCCUUGCAACAGAGGCCCGAGUACUUGGGGGUAAAUGGGCAGCAGGAGAGGCACUUUGUAAAUGCAACACAGCAACAAGUCCCACAGUGGCCAUCAAUGCAGAACGAGCAACGAGUUUCCAUGCAGCCGUACGCGGCGCAAGACCCCAUGCAUCAGCUAAUGCCGCAGUCUUCCUGCAGGCUGGGGCAGGACUCCGAGGACAAGGCUUCCGCCACAGCUUACUCGGAUCAGAGUAACGUCGAUCAGCUUCUCUACAGCUGCAGCGUUGCUGUCGACCAAGGGACCUCAGUAAACCAGCUUCCAAUGGGGGCGUCUCCCAGCUACAUGUUUGCCUCGUGCGAGUACCAAAGUUGCGCACCUAUUGCGAGGAACGGACUGUCAUUUCCAGGCAUUGGCAGCACUGCCCCUAUCCCUGCGUACAGUAAGAUUAAGAUAUCUCCAAACCACAGUCCCUUGCGGCCAACUUGUUACUAUGAGAAUGAGCCAGCUAAUUCUAUUGUGGGGUCCUCGGUCAUGUCCAAUGGGGAACUGAACACUUAUCAGUCUUCUUGUCAGUUUGAGCCAAAUUUCACUCAUCUGUCGGAGAAUUCCAUCUGUGAGAUUCCAACUGGCCACGUCCCCUGGAAUUACAAUAAUCAGUUUAAGCAGGGAGAAGCUCUGAACUGAGGGAAUGAAUGAAAUGUUGGGUGUCCCUACUCUUCUGUUUCUCCCGAGAGCUCCGGGCCACCCUCUGCUUGUGUUUGAUUGGACUGAGGAAGUUCAGACCCACGGUGCCCGAAUGUUUGACAGUGUUUCCUAUAAACAGGACUUUCAGAUAAAGGAGAAAGUGACUAAAGUUGCAAAUCCACCGUUCCGUAUCUCAAACAUUGUUUAUUCCACGUGUUUUGUGAUUGAUUUUUCUAUUGCUCUGUACAAAAUAUUAACUUUUAUAUUUUUGUAUCAAAUGCGAUGUAAAUUCUCUGCAUCGAUAUUGCUUGUAUAGUCAUGAGCUAUACUCUUUAUCUUUUUUGACAAGAUCAUAGUUUUAAUGCUCACUGCUGCCUUUGUGUCUGCUUUGUGAAUUGGGAACCUUUUAAUGAAGGAGAUGUCGAGAGGGUCAUUCCCCAAGAGCAGCCUUUCACUGAGAAUAUUUUAACUGAUUGCUAAGUAUUAAUUGAAAAGCAAAGACGUUUACCUUGGAGCCUAAAUAUCCAAGUACAGAGGUGCUGUAACAGGCAGAUAUAAAGCCACUACCCACGUGGAUGCCAGUGAGACAUUGGAGAUUGGAGGUUGCUCAGUAUAACACUCUGAAUCUUCUGAAGUUGAAACUUUUUUACGAAAAGAACAACAGAAACAUUUCAACUUUUUAAGCUAUUUAUAUAUUAAAUCAAUACUUUAAAGAUGAGAAUUGUGUAAAACAUAUUGUAUGAUAAAAAUUGUGUUUUGAUAUUACAAAUGUCACAAUAAAGAACCGAUCUGUUAUUUUGCUGUCCGGGUUACCAACCCAGACCCUGUUCAGCCCUGUGUAUAAUGCAAUUUCCCAGUCAAUUCAUUGAUGCCUUUUACCAAAAUGUUAUGUUGUUUUAUAAAUGUAUAAACUGAGAUGGCUGUUGGCAAAUUGUAUCAUUUUACUUAAUAUUAAAAUGCCUUUUGGGGAGAUAAACCAUCAUCCUCCACUAAUUAAAAGCUUUUUCCUUUUU